UGAGCGAAGCAAAUAUUUAGCAAGAUUUAGUUGUGCAGCAAGAGAGAGACCUCUGCUACUCCUCCCUUUUUAUGCGUUUCUUCUCCGAUGGGAAGCUCAAGGGUUGAUGUUGAGAUGGGGAACAGUUCAAGGGAGGAGUUCGAAGACCUUAACGACGACUCACAGAUGAAUGAAUACAAACAACUGAGUUAUAAGCUUUUCCAUUUUCAAACAUACAGAUUAUUUAGGGGCUCCAAUGGUGAGUUUGGAUGCCCCUUUUGUUCCUACAAAGAAUGUCGCUACACUCAUCUUCUCUUACAUGCUGUUCAAGUGGCUGAGGGUCACGAACCGGGGAAGAAGAGAGCAAAUCAUUACGCCAUGGCUAGAUACUUGGCUAUUGAUCUUGCCCAUCAACUCAAAGCAGAAGCUGAUCAACUUUCAUGGAGCAGUGAAGAUGGAAAGCUGAUGACCAAGGGAGAGAUAGAUAAGGUUCGGCUUCAUCACCUAGAAAGAAAGGUGAAUGAGUUAAUCGCAAAAGUGCGACAAAGCAGUGAUGAGUUGCAAGGUGUACGCACAGAACUCAUAAAGGGCUUGAAUGAUAUUCCCAGAGGCAAUAAUGAUGAAAUCGGGAUUAGAUUUAUUCAAGAAAUUGAUACCAAAGUCUUGGUCACCGAAAUGGAGAAGAAGGGAUUAUCCUCGAUAUCCGCUGCGGAGAAAGGAGAUGAGCUGCGUUUGGUGUGGCAGGAAAUUCUUAAAAAUUCCGAGUGGUAUCCGUAUCAAAUCAUUCAAGAUGCCAACGGGAAACGCAAGAUAGUGCUGAAGGAGGAUGACCCAUCACUGAAAGAUCUCAAGAAAAGAUGGUGCCAAGAAAUUCAUGAUGCAGUUGUCGAAGCCCUGAAUGCUUCGGAGCUGUGGAACUUGAAAGAAAAUAGGAAGGCGAAGCUUGAUGAAGUCAUUAGCUACAUCCUUGAAGCACUCAGAGUGAGAGAUGUUUCUAAGAUGGGAGCCACUUCUGGAACCAAUACUUCAAGAAUCAAAGAGCACAGCGAGAUCAACAAUUCACAUGAAGAAUUUGACAUUGCUGAACACAAAGACAAAACCUAUAAGCUAUUGAAAUCAUGCACUUACCAAGUGAGGGGCCCUUGUGGUCAACUUAGAUGCCCCUUCUGCUCUGUUGAGGAAGACCGAAAUUACAGCCAUCUUCUUCGACAUGCAUUCAUGGUAGCUGAGGACUCCUCAGAGAGCGCAGAGCAGCGAGCAACGCAUUUGGCAUUGCUUAAAUACUUGGUUAUUGACCUACAACAUAAUGCUGCGGAACCACCACCUCAAAGCACAAGACCUGCACCAAGUGGUGAAGAUGACUUGGAAAUUGUGGAAGAAACGCGUCAGGUGGAUACGAAGCGCAAGAGACAGAGAGUGGGUGAUGAUACUAAUGCACUGCAGCUCAAGAAUCUGUUGAAGCAGAUCCAAGAUUCACAUUUUUCAUACCAGAAUCUGGCUGCAAGAGAGCAAAAAAGUAAUGCUAAGUUGAAAGGGGCAUGGAACGAAGUAAUAAAGGGCUUGAAUGAUAUCCAAAUUGGCAAUAACGCUGGCAUCGGCGUAAAGCAGAUAGGCGAGCUUGAUGUGGAUGUAUUCAAGAGAGCUUGCGGAGACACUAAAGGUGGUGUUGAACUAUGCUCUACAUGGCAAGAAAAGCUUAAAGAUCCACAAUGGCGUCCAUUUUGGAAUAUUGAAGAUGAUACGGGGAACCUUAAGGAAGUGGUGGACGAGGAGGAUGAAACGCUUCGCGGUCUGAAGCACGAUUGGGGUGAUGAAGUUUACAAUGCGAUUGUGACAGCUCUCAAGGAACUCCAUGAGUACAGCCCAGGCAGAUGCAAUACCGGUGCUCAGAUAUGGAACUUGAAGGAAAACCGAAAGGCGGAACUUGAUCAAGUCAUCCGCUAUGUCUUCACACAAUUGAUGCCACAGAAUCGGAAGAGAAGAGCAAGCACAAGAGCACGGAGAGGUACGAUGAAAGAUGAUGACAACUGGGAAGUAGAAAAGGUCAAGAAAGUAGUUAAGAGAAGGUUAGGGAGAUACCAAAAUCCCAAGCCAUUAUCAAUGGAAAUGAUUUCCCAGUAUUUCGGCAUGCCGAUUGCUCAAGCAUCAGCUAAGCUCGGUAUAGGGAGACAGCGCUUGAAUAGAAGGUGCAGGGAGUUAAAGAUCCCGAGAUGGCCACACACAAAAAAGCUCGGCUUAGAAAUCCGAAACAAGAAUGUUCCCAACUCAGGCUCCGGCUCCGGCUCCAACUCCAACUCCGACUCCGACUCUGAUGAUCAUAUUCCAUUAAGUAGGAAGUAUGCACUCAAGAAAUGAUCAUUUCACUAGUUUGUCUUCUAAGCUUUUGCAAGGUUAAGCUUUAAAUUCAGUACCUGAGUUAUGGGCUUAAGAUCAUUUUGUUAAGACUUAAUGAUUUAAAUGAACAUAGCUACUUGCAACCUA